GCGACUUGUGUGCAUCAAAGCAAAGAAAGUUAUUCGAAUCCAUUUGCCUUCUUUACAACAUCACCCCCAACUUAUCCAACAACACGACGCUAUCAUGUCUUUGCUUGACAAAGUUCCUGGCGAUCUCAAGCUUUACAUCGGAGGUAUCUUCACACUACGACGCAAGGAUCAACUCGCAGAGGCCGGCAUCACACAUGUACUAUCCGUGUUGAGACUUCCGCUCGAGGAGAAGCUGUUCGAAGGAUACAAACACAUGGUCGUCGAAGUUGAUGACGUCGAGGACGAAAAUCUGCUAGAGCACUUCCCGAAAGCCACUCAGUUUAUCGAAGAUGGUCUUGCAUCUGGAGGUGCAGUCCUUGUACACUGUGCCAUGGGCAAGUCAAGAUCAGCAACAUGCGUUAUUGCGUACCUGAUGCAGAAGUAUCAUAUCUCUCCAUCGGAGGCCUUAGAGCAAAUCAGACAGAGUAGACCGCUCUGUGAGCCUAAUGAAGGAUUCAUGAAGCAGCUGGAACUCUAUCAUGAGAUGAACACCCCAGAGAGUGUAGAAGAUACACCGACGUACCAACGCUGGGUAUACCAGCGUGAGGUAGAGAUGAGCCGUGCCUGCGGACAGGCCCCGGAAGCAGAGAAGAUUCGCUUUGAGGAUGAGCAUGUGGCAGCGAAGGAUGACGGUGGUUUUGACAUGCGAUGCCGAAAGUGCAGACGCACACUAGCGACAUCACAAUUCCUGAUCGCCCACCAAGCUCAAAGAGGUCCGGCUGAUUCCUGCACACAUUACUUCCUAGAUCCUCUGUCAUGGAUGCGACCCGAGCUGGAGAAGGGGGAAGUUGAAGGAAGGCUGGAAUGUCCUAACGAAAAGUGCAAAGCCAACGUGGGCAAAUAUGCCUGGCAAGGUAUGCGAUGCAGUUGUGGCGAGUGGAUAGUGCCAGCCAUCAGUCUGUCAAAGGGAAGGAUAGAUGAGGCGAAGAGACGGGCUGUCAAUCCCAGUGCGAUGGGUAUUCGUAUGCCCGCAAUGGCGACUCCGAGAGGACCCGGGCAGAACAAUCUCUAAAUGAUGAUGCAAUCUCGAGAUUGCGUACUGGGAAGCUAGAGACAACAGCUGCGAUUUCGCAAAUGGAAAUCCCAUCAGAGCAGGAGAAUACCUGAAAACAAAGGUGCCAGUCGGUUGUUAUCGACAGUCGUCAAUGCCAUUUUCAGAAAUAUACCUUGAUGGUUUAGCUGCUUGUAAAGCCUGUACAUUGCC